AUUGCAGUAACGGAGACAAAUGUCAGGAACGUGGAAGGACAUUGCAAGAAGCAACCAUGUACAGGUUUUUUUUCAAGACUGUUUACACGGCUCGAAAUUCUGCAGUCAGUGUCUAUGAGUUGAGUGUGUUGCCAGCUAAAUGCGACAAGGCUGCAGUUUUCAGGGUUGCUAAUGGAGGUGGAGUCAAAGCCAUCAGCACAAGUUCAGUCAGGCUCUGUGAAAAGAAACCUGAUGUCCUCUCUAAUCACGAUGAAAAAACACAUGCAGAUGAAAAGGCUGACCCAACGGAAAGUCCAACUUUGGCAACACAGAAAGCUGAAGAUGACGGAAAAGUCAUGAAGAUGGCCGAACAAAGGGAAGAACCAGUGGUGUUAAAGACAGAUGAUGGAAGCACUACGCAGCAGCAGAUGGAUGUUAAAAUUGACCAGAGUGUCAAGUCACAACAAGUAAAGACUGAUGCAGCUAAGAGUGGGAAGGAGAGUCUCCUUGACCUUCUUGGAGCCAUGAAGGUGGAAGUUACUAAUAAGAGGAAGCUCAAAAUAAUGAAAGUGAAACAAAAUCAUGAGUCUGCCCCCAAAUCACAUCCAGCCGCUAUGGAGAGCACCAUCAGUAUGUUUCAGAAGGCUACAGGGGAGGCUUCAUCGCAGAGUGUGAUCCUGGAUCCUGAGCUGGUUGCAGCUGCAUCUGCUGCUGCCUCCACUCUGCCCAACUGUAGCCAGGCCGAGUCUGAUCUGCUGAAGCAGCUGAGGCAGCACGAGGCCAUCACUGAGGUUCAGAAGAAAGGGGACAUGAACAACCUUGGAGAAAUUAUUGCUGACAUGAAAGUAGGAAAGAAUCCCAACCGACAGAAUGCUCGGUGGAUUAAUCACAUCCAGUUUGAUGAUGACGGGCGAGGAUACAAGCGGGACGGAGGAAUCACUGCUGAACUGGACAGUGUUCGAAGAGGGAACUUGUUGAGAGCGAAAAGACUCAACAUCUUCUCCCCCACUACUGAUGCAGAUGGAGUUGAAUCAGCAGUUGAGCGGCCAACUCUAUGGGACAUGGACUUUGCUAAUCAGUUGUCUCUGUUGGUCAACAAUAUGCCCCGCAAUGCGCUUGAGGAAAUGAUCCAGUGGACCAAAGAGGGGAAAAUGUGGCAGUACCCAAUCAACAAUGAAGCUGGCCUGGAGGUGGAGGAGUCCAGUGUUCCGUUCCAUGAGCAUAUCUUCCUAGAGAAACACUUGAAUGAGGGCUUCCCCAGUCAAGGACCAGUGCGUCACUUCAUGGAGCUUGUGGUGGGUGGUCUGUCCAGGAAUCCCUACUUGACUGUCCAGCAGAAGAGGGAACACAUUUCCUGGUUCAGAGACUACUUCCACCAAAAAGAGGACGUCCUCAAGGAGGCUGAUGUUUACCUGAAGUGAACUUACACUUAAAUAUAUUUUCAAUAUUCGCUUGACUGUGAACACAUAAAAGCAAGAGCCAUUUUCUCAGUGGGGCUUUGCAACCAUGACUGUCCUUAUUCAUACAGUUUAACAGGAGCCAGUAGAAACCUGGUUUAGAUUUCUGGGCUUUCCAGGAGGCCUGUGAGAGUGGACUGGCAUAAAGUCUGUGUCACGGUGUCAAACAUUAUACUGUAUCUACUGUCUCUAAAACAUUGAUCAGACCAUAAAACCACUGUUUAAUCACUUCAAUAUUGUCUUGUCACAUGAUGAAGAAAACAGUGCAGGAGGAAAGUGAAAUGUUGCUUGUAUUAAUUAUACAAACAAUAUAAAGCAGCAAAGAAACAGUCUUGGCUUUUUGCUGAUUUCAGCCACCCACAUGUACCACUGAUCAUUGUUCACACUGUAUUUGCAUAGUCCAAUGCUAAUGCAGGCAGUCACUGCGGUAGUGUGGUACACUGGUGUAUUAAGUAAUGUACAAAAAUACUGGUUAACUUGAUUAGUUUGCAGAUUAGGUUGCACAUAAAACAACACUAGACUGUUAAGUUUGAUGGAUUGAUAAAGACCUCCACAUUAAAAGAAAAUAGGUUUGAUCAAAAUAUUUUUUGUAUUUUUUUUAGUGUCGGGUCUGCAAACAGCUGUGAUAAUGAUUAAUGGUGUUUUUCCAGGCAGGAUAACUUGUGUGCAACAUCUAGGACCUAAGAUCAGGGUUACAGUAGAUGUGUAAUUGGACCUUGAACCUUGUGCACUUUGCAAGGGAAGUGCUUUUAAAGUUAAAAAACAUGUUAACAAUGUACCACACAGAUUCCUUCUGGUCUAAAAACACCCAUGGCAAUCUAUUGUCUGAGAAAGUGUGGAAACUGAGAGCUUGACAUUUUAAAGUGCCUCAUUUCCACAUUUUGUUCACUUUUCCUUAAACACAGCCAGGAUUGGCAUGAUAAGAGGUUGGCAACAUUUCCUUACUUGUAUGCGUGUGGACUGUAUAAAGUACAAAAAAUGUGUGUGGAAAGACACCUGGUUAUGUUCUGAAAUUCCUUAUAUGCUAAUAAUCCACUAGAUGGCACUGCUGUCAGCUAUGGUCCUAUACAAGGCUGUGAUGCACUAAUGUGUUGGAGCUGUUGUAUUAACUAGUGUUAUAAAACUGGAUAUGAAGGA